AUGACCUCUAGUUUGAAACUAAUCUACCACACUGAUACCACGAUUGGCUCUAAUACUAAUCCACUACCACUGUUACACCAAGCGAACAAACAAACAGCAUUUAUUGUUUUGGUCCUCAGCAUUAUAUUCAUCAGCAGCAUUUAUCAGCACCAUUUAUCAACAGCAUUCAUCUUGGUCCUCAUCAUUAUCAUCAUCAUGAGCAUCCUCACCGGCAUUCAUCUUGGUCCUCAGCGUUAUAAUCCUCAGAAUUCAUCUUCAGCAUUCAUCUUGGUCCUCAUCAUUAUCAUCAUCAUGAGCAUCCUCACCGGCAUUCGUCUUGGUCCUCCGCAUCAUUAUCAUCAUCAUGAGCAUCCUCACCGGCAUUCAUCUUGGUCCUCAGCGUUAUCAUCCUCAGCAUUCAUCUUGGUCCUCAUCAUCAUUAGCGUUUAUCUUGGUCCUCAUCAUCAUGAGCAUCCUCACCGGCAUUCGUCUUGGUCCUCGGCAUUAUCACCAUCAGCAUUCAUCUUGGUCCUCGUCAUCAUCAGCAUCCUCACUGGCAUUCAUCUUGGUCCUCAUCAGCAUCCUCACCGGCAUUCAUCUUGGUCCUCGUCAUCAUCAGCAUCCUCACCGGCAUUCAUCUUGGUCCUCACCAUCAUCCUCAUCAGCAUCCUCACCGGCAUUCUUUGGUCCUCAGCAUUAUCAUCAUUAGCAGCAUUCAUCAGCAGCAUUUAUCAGCAGCAUUCAUCGUCUGCAUUCAUCUUGGUCCUCAUCAUCAACAUGAGCAUCCUCACCGGCAUUCGUCUUGGUCCUCAACGUUAUCAUCAGCAUUCAUCUUGGUCCUCAGCAUUAUCAUCAUCAUCUGCAUCCUCACCGGCAUUCCAUCCUCACCGGCAUUCAUCUUGGUCCUCAGCAUUAUCAUCAUCAUCUGCAUCCUCACCGGCAUUCAUCUUGUUCCUCAUCAUCAUCAUCAUUCCAUUAAUUUUGGUCCUCAUCAUCAUAAUCAUUAGCAUCCUCACCGGAAUUCGUCUUGGCCCUCAUCAUCGCAUUCAACUUGGUCCUCAUCAUCCUCGGCAUUCAUCUUGUUCCUCAUCAUCCUCACCGGAUUCGUCUUGGUCCUCAUCAUCCUCACCGGCAUUCAUCUUGUUCCUCAUCAUCCUCACCGGCAUUCAUCUUGGUCCUCAGCAUUAUCAUCAUCAUCAGCAUUCAUCUUGGUACUCAGCAUUAUCAUCAUUAGCAGCAUACAUUAGUAGCAUCUAUCAGCAGCAUUCAUCGUCAGCAUUCAUCUUGGUCCUCAUCAUCAGCAUUAGUCUCGAUCCUCAGCAUUAUCAUCAUCAUCAGCAUCCUCACUGGCAUUCAUCUUGGUCCUCAUCAUCAUCACCAUCACCAUCAUCAGCAUUCAUCAUCAGCAGCAGCAUUCAUCAGCAGCAGCAUCAUCAACCCCAAAGCUUUAGAAAAGAACUUUUAGUAAAUCAAUAA